AUGGCCGCCUACUUCUUCGCCUCGCCCAUCGACGUCGACAUCAAGCUCGACGGUGAAGAGGUGCGCAAGCAAGUCGAAAUCAAAGGCGAAAAGGACAAGACCAUUUCAUGUCCUGUGUAUUACGAUGGAGAUUCAGUUGGCGGACAGGUACUUGAACGCGUUUCCUCGUCCUACAAGUGUAUCAAGGUCUCAAUACGAGUCAGGGACGGCAAGAAAGUGACGCAUGAAGGUAUCAAAGUUGAAUUCGUUGGGAACAUUGAACUAUUCUAUGACCGAGGGCACCACCACGAGUUCCUCUCGCUCUCCCAGGAGCUGGCUGCGCCUGGUGAUAUGCGCUCAGCGCAGACGUUUGAUUUCAACUUUAAGAGUGUGGAGAAGCAGUUCGAGAGUUACCAGGGGAUUAAUGUCAAGUUACGGUACUUCGUACGGGUGACGAUUUCGCGGCGGAUGGCAGACGUUGUGAAGGAGAAGGAUAUCUGGGUCCAUUCAUUCCGCAUGCCACCAGACAGCAACAACUCUAUAAAGAUGGAAGUUGGAAUCGAAGACUGUCUCCACAUCGAGUUCGAGUAUAACAAGUCCAAAUACCACCUAAAGGACGUCAUCAUCGGCAACAUCUACUUCCUCCUCGUCCGGAUAAAGAUCAAGCACAUGGAACUGUCUAUUAUCCGGAGAGAAACGACAGGUUCUCCGCCGAACCAGUACAACGAGAGCGAGACGAUCACCAAGUUUGAGAUCAUGGAUGGAGCACCUAUUCGAGGCGAGAAGAUCCCUAUCCGGCUAUUCCUAGGAGGCUUCGACCUAACGCCGACCUUCCGAGACGUGAACAAGAAGUUCAGCACGAGGUACUACCUGAACCUCGUCCUCAUCGACGAGGAGAACAGGCGGUACUUUAAGCAGCAGGAGAUUACGAUCUUUAGGGAACCUGAACCGGAUCUGGUGAUUCAAUAG